AUGUCCAAGAUCUCCAUCUUGGGCUUCUUGCCCGCCGCCGAAGACACCUCUAUUGCCUCGUCGCCUAUCCACUGGUCCAUCCUCGUCUCUCCCCUCAGCGAAGAUGCAUCACAACCCGCAGCACACCUCAAACAGAAACCACGCCUUCUCCGACUGCACUCGGUUCCCAAGCCACCACCAAGCGACACCAUCCUAUUCGACAUGCACAACCACCAACUCCGUCAACAGCCCUAUCCCGUGCCGGUCGAGUCAUCCUCAAACGGUGAGGGUUCCGACGAAGUUUCCACGACGGAAACGUCCAUUACGUCCUCUAACCGGGACCAACCCCUCCAACCAGUCAUCCGAGUCUACCUGGCUCGCCACCAGUGGGUGCCAUGCAAGCUUGUCCCCAGACUUUCAUCCGUCCUCUACCAAACACCCACCUAUGGCCCUGAGGACGACUGGCUCCGCGCCGCUCUUGAGAAUAUGAUCAGCUCUCGCAUUCUGGGCAGCGACACUCCGACACACGUCUACAGCGCGCCCUCAAUUCUCGACUUCAUCCACGAGUGUUUGGCCACCAACGGCGCGGCGGUCUCUACAGGGACAGAACGUAACCCUGACUCUGAUUCUUCUCGCAACAUGAUCGACUCCGACUACACUCAGCACCUCGCCCGGCUCGCGCAAGCCAAAGCAAUGUUCAACCACUCCGCCACGCCGCCGCGGACAUCCUCCAUAACCAGGUCCGCAAGCUCCUUGCGCGAUGCAAAGUCUGCGACGGCCGACACGGCGGGUAAAUCCAAAAAACGAUUUUUGGGUUUCUGGCUCACCCACGGAAGCGGCGGCGAGCAUCACCACCAGCGCCGAUGUGCGUACAACCCGCAUCCAUGGCAGAGGCAGGACGAUCCAUACGGUGGACUGAUGUGA